AUGCCGCUGGAAGAUGGGUGGAGAGAGAUACUGCCCAACUUCCUCACAAAAGCAGACUUUGAGGUCCUCUCUGAUCGCCUGGGCUUUGUGGUACAUGAAGAGGUGGCCCAACUCCGCGCAGACCUAGCAAGUGUGGAGUCUUGCAUGUCCGUGGCGGAGGUGGAAACCAAGGCCCUCCAGACAGACCUGGAGCACACCAAUACGGCAGUCACAGGUCAAGAAGUAGACAUGGCCUAUCUCACCACAUGGAUAGACGACCUAGACAACCGCGGCCGCAGGCUGAACCUACGUGUCUGCGGGGUGACAGAGGGAGGCCCGUCUGAGAAUAUCCCAGACACGCUGAGGCAAAUAUUCACACAG